UAUCCUCCAAUUUCUUUUCCUCGCCUAGCCAGACACGCCCACGUUUUCUAUUUAAAGUGCACCUUAACUUCAAGCAUGCCUCAGAACGAGCAUAUUGAAUUAGCCAGAAAGAGGCAUGGCUACAGACUCGAUCAUCAUGAAAGAAAGAGAAAGAAGCAAGGUCGUGAACCUCAUGCUCAUUCAAAAUACGUUAAAAGACUCCAUGGACUGAAAGCAAAAUUAUACAAUAAAAAGAGGUUUGCAGAAAAGGUGGCAAUGAAACGCAAGAUUAAAUUACAUGAGAAGAGAGAGACCAAGAACAAGAAGGAGGAAGACACACCAAAGGGAGCUGUCCCUGCCUACCUCCUUGACAGAGAAGGACAAUCCCGUGCUAAAGUCCUCAGCAAUACAAUCAAACAGAAAAGAAAGGAAAAAGCUGGUAAAUGGACUGUUCCAUUGCCUAAAGUCAAAGCAGUCGGGGAAGACGAAGUAUUUAAAGUCCUUCGAACUGGAAAGAGGAAAAAGAAAGCAUGGAAGAGGAUGAUAACAAAAGUGACAUACGUAGGCGAAGGAUUUACUCGUAAACCACCGAAAUAUGAGCGCUUCAUUAGACCAAUGGCUCUUCGGUUCAAGAAAGCUCAUGUAACCCAUCCAGAGUUAAAGGCAACUUUUAGUCUGCCGAUCAUAGGAGUUAAAAAGAACCCUCAGACAGCACUGUAUACACAACUGGGAGUCAUCACUAAAGGGACUAUCAUUGAGGUGAAUGUUAGUGAUCUAGGUCUAGUGACACAGAGUGGUAAAGUCAUUUGGGGUAAAUAUGCACAAGUUACUAAUAAUCCAGAGAAUGAUGGCUGCAUUAAUGCAGUUUUACUUGUAUAAAGACACCCUCCAAUCUCACUAUAUUAUUAUUAUCAUUCAUUAUUUGUUUUAUAAAACCGGCCCGUUGUGUGGGGCUUAUAAUAA